AUGUACUUUUCCUUGAUAUCGGCCGCGCUCGUUCUCGUAAGCGGUGAUUUCGUGUCAGCUCAAAGCGCAACCGCAUCAGGUGCCGUCGGCGCUUCUUCCACUUCGCCUUAUUUACCCCAGACCUCGCCUGCUUAUCUGUCCAACAUUACCAAACCAUCCGGUGUGGUCGACAGUUACAACUUCGGUCCCUAUAACACUUCGGCGACUCUAUCUCAUGAGCCCCUCAAUUUGAAGAACUAUCCCAAGCCGUGGGGCAAACCUGACCCCAAGCACCCCGAAGUUCAAGCCGCCAUGAAGACCAUCAAUUGGGACAAGGUUCCCAAAGCACCUACUCGCAAGGGAAAGAGCAAUGGCGACUUGAUCACCGACAACUAUGACGAAGAUAAAGAUCCUUACUGCUGGUGGUCCGACACUAACUGUGUCAAGCCCAAGGUCAGCUAUCUCCCUGAAGAUAUCUACAUGUGUCCCAACGUUGGCGAUUGGGGUCUGACCUACGAUGACGGUCCAUUCAAUCCCAAUCACGAAAAGGGACCUUUGAACGACGAUAAAUGGGCCGAGCCUCAGCUCUACAACUGGUUAGCCGAACACGGUAAUCAAAAGGCCACUCUUUUCUACAUUGGUUCCAACGUCGUUACUUUCCCUGAGGCUGCCAAGCGUGGUUUGAACCAUGGUCACUACCUCUGCAGUCAUACUUGGUCGCAUCCUCAAAUGACCACCAUGUCCAACGAAGAAGCUGUGGCUGAAUUUUACUGGACGCUCAAGGCCAUCAAGGAGGCUACCGGUGUCACUGUUAAAUGCUGGCGUCCUCCUUACGGUGAUGUGGAUGAUCGUAUCCGUUCCAUUGCCUGGCAGAUGGGUAUGCGCACCGUCCUCUGGAAUCUCGAUACUAACGAUUGGGAUAUGCCCGGAGACGGUGGCGGUGAUCUCGCUCCUUCCAAGGUCGAUGGCUACUUCCAAGGCUGGAUUGACAAGCAGAAAGCCGGAAAGUACAAGACUGGUCACAUUCUUCUCGAACACGAAUUGAACAACUCUACCGUCAGCAUGACCGAAAAGUGGUUGCCCAAGCUUCAACAAGUCUUCAACGUCGUUCCUGCUCUCGCCUGUCAAAACAUCACCCAUCCCUACUGGGAAGAACAAUUCGUCUACCCUACUGAAGCUCACAACACCACCAAAUCCCACAACAGCAACAGCUCCCAAUCUCAAGUCUCGGCUUCAGGAGCCGCAUCUAGCGUACACGCAGCUUCUAUUCAACCUAGCGCUCAGGCCUCGGCUCAGCCUUCCUCCCAAGCUUCCGAAAACGUAGACGCCGGUAAAAACAACAACAACGCUGCCGCCCAAGGUUCCGAUGUCAAGAAUCUCGAUUCCGACAGCUCUGAUGCAGGAUCAUUGGUCAUGCCAACCAUGCUUACCUUAGGUGCAGCGGCCUUUGCUAGCAUGGCUAUUGUCAAUUAA